UCAAUAUACAUGAGAAAGAGUUUGUAGUUUCAAAGAAGAUGUGGACCACCCUCUUCCCUUCAAGUUCCGAUCGUCGACAAGGUCUUCGGAGUCGUAGCAAACCUAUUUUCCCCAUGAAAUCAUCGUCAGUUAGCGAAGCUCCUCUUUGUGAAGAGGAUUUCAGGAUGGUAUUUCAGAUGGAGCGAGGAGUCAGAGCAAGUCCUCUCUUUCACUGUCAUUUGUCAAGGAUUCAAAAGCGGUGUUCGAGGGAAGGGACCUCGUCGUCAAGUGGCGAAGCGGCUUUGUGCAAUCCCCAUUCCGAAGAAGACAAAGAAGGUUCUUUAGGCCAAGUGGGGUCAAAUCUUCGUGGUCUUCCAGUCAUGGAUUCACCUUCUGGUCCAGAAAUCAGAGGUAAAGGGUUCAUCUUUGAGGGGAUUUGUGAAAUUCCGAGAGUGGAAAAUUCAGAGCAUGGGGAAUCAGUAUAUCACCUUUUCCUGCAUUGCUCCUUGACGACGGGGUUGUGCAUAGCUUCUAGUUCAUCAGUUGUAGUGAAAUUGGCAAUUGGAUAUCUACAAAUCAUAUGGUGCAAUAUAUAA